AAGUCUGGAGCACUGCACCGACGCCAGCGCCAAUUGUGAGACGAAAAGCCUUUCCUUUUUCUUCCAUCUAAGAACACAUAUUGGCUAUAUUCUACUACCUCCAGCACCAUCUCCUUGCAAGCUUGUCCUGUGCUCCUGCAAGAUAUUCAAUAUUUUCAACCAUGGCUGAGCAUCUGAAACGAUUCGACACGGACACGCCGCAAAUCAACACUGGCGACACGGCCUGGAUCCUGGUCUCUUCGGCGCUCGUGUUCAUCAUGGUACCUGGUGUCGGGUACUUCUACAGUGGCAUGGCUCGCAGCAAGAACGCCGUCAGUCUGGUCUUCCUGUGUAUGAUCGCCAUGGCUGUGGUCAGCAUCCAAUGGAUACUGCUCGGUUUCUCACUGGCGCUGUCUGACAAGUCCGGCAACAAGUUCAUUGGUGACGCGACUUACGGACUGCUGCUUGAUGUUGCUGACAGACCGCAUCCGAAUGCACCAUCCAUCCCUGCUAAUGUCUAUGCCAUCUUCCAGUGCAUGUUCGCUGCGCUGACACCGGCGCUGGCCCUCGGUGGAGCCGCCGAGCGCAUUCGCAUAUUCCCAGCAAUCGUUUUCACGUUUGUAUGGACCACUAUUGUAUACGACCCGAUUGCGUACUGGUCGUGGGCCCCCAACGGCUGGCUCUUCACCAUGGGCUCGCUGGACUAUGCUGGCGGCACUCCAGUGCAUAUUGCAUCCGGCUUUGGUGCCCUGGCCUUCUCUAUCAUUCUCGGCAAGCGCCAUGGCUUUGGCUCGGAAAAGUUUGAGCCGCACAACUACCUCAACAUCAUCCUUGGUACCUCGCUGCUGUGGUUUGGUUGGUUUGGCUUCAACGGUGGUUCUGCUGUUGCUGCCAACGGCCGUGCUGGCAUGGCUUCGAGUGUCACACAUAUUGCUGCGUGCAUGGGCGGCCUUUCCUGGUCAGUGGUCGCGUAUUUCCGCAACGGCAAAAAGUUCUCCAGCUUCCACUUCUGCUCUGGCGCUAUUGCUGGUCUGGUUGCCAUUACUCCUGCCUCAGGCUUCGUUGCUCCUUGGGCUGCGCUCGUUUUUGGUCUUGUUGCUGGUGUUUGCUGCCACUAUGCGGUUGACUUCAAGGAGAAGUUUGGAUUUGACGAUGCCCUCGAUGUGUUCGCUGUUCACGGCAUUGGCGGUAUGGUUGGAAACCUUCUGACUGGCAUCUUUGCCAGCAAGGCUGUCGCCGAGCUCAAUGGAUCCUACAUCGAUGGUGGCUGGAUUGACCACCACUGGAAGCAGCUUGCCAUCCAACUAGCAGCUAGCACCUCGGGUGCAGCUUGGUCAUUUGUGAUUACCUCCAUCAUCCUGCUGACUCUGAACCUGAUUCCCUCGCUACACCUGCGUAUUGACGAAGAGAGCGAGCUUCACGGUACAGAUGUUGCCGAGAUGGGCGAGCAUGGCUACAAGUUUGCUGGUUCACACCUGCCUCUGCGCAGCGUCAACUCGCCGUCGACCAUGGAAAGCGGUGGUGCCGCUCGCCCAGCCACCCUGGUAUCAACCGAUCAGCAAUCUGUAAAGUCGUCGAUUUCUGAGGUUGCCGAGAAGCAAGUAGAGGGCACUGCUGUCAACGCACUUUAAAUUUUAAAGCAGUGGGAGCUUCUAAGCAGGACAGCAAUACCGAAAGUGUGUUUUCUUUCCUCCCUUCUACCUCAGCGCUUGAACAUU